UUUGCGACUUCUUUGCGGAGCCUUUUUGGAGUAGAAAAGAAAAGUUGCUGGGAAAAGUGGGAAAAAAGCAACGAGCAACGAGCAGAAUUGGCGAAAGUAGCACCAGCAGCAGCGGCCUCGUAGCGGGCACGGCAUCAGCGAAGACCAGCGCAAGAAGCGACCCCGCACGGCCGACCGGAGGCGCGCAGCAGCGGACACACGCACAGCUCCGCAACCACCAGCACCUUCAGCCAUCCAGCGAGCGAGCGAACGGACGAGAGCCAGCCACCUUCUGCACAUCAUCGCUUCGCUUUGCUAGGGACCAGGCCACGGGAGCAGAAUGACGCUGCCGAGUAGUUCCCGGGUGUACGCGGAUGUGAAUUCGCACAAACCUCGUGAAUACUGGGACUACGAGAACUACAUCGUUGACUGGGCCAACCAGGAUGACUACCAACUCGUGCGGAAGCUCGGCCGGGGCAAGUAUAGCGAGGUGUUCGAGGCGAUCAAAAUGACAAGCAGCGAGAAAUGCGUGGUGAAGAUCCUGAAGCCGGUGAAAAAGAAAAAGAUCAAGCGCGAGAUCAAGAUCCUGGAGAAUCUCCGCGGAGGCACCAACAUCAUCACGCUGCUGGCGGUCGUGAAGGAUCCGGUUUCGCGCACGCCGGCCCUCAUCUUCGAGCACGUGAACAACACCGACUUCAAGCAGCUCUACCAGACGCUCACCGACUACGACAUCCGGUACUAUCUGUACGAGCUGCUGAAGGCGCUCGACUACUGCCACAGCAUGGGCAUCAUGCACCGUGACGUGAAGCCGCAUAACGUCAUGAUUGACCACGAGAAUCGCAAGCUGCGCCUGAUCGACUGGGGUCUGGCCGAGUUCUAUCACCCGGGCCAGGAGUACAACGUGCGCGUUGCUAGCCGCUACUUCAAGGGACCGGAACUGCUGGUCGACUACCAGAUGUACGACUACUCGCUCGAUAUGUGGUCCCUCGGCUGCAUGCUCGCGUCGAUGAUCUUCCGCAAGGAGCCGUUCUUCCACGGUCACGACAACUACGACCAGCUGGUGCGCAUCGCGAAGGUGCUCGGUACCGAGGACCUGUUCGCCUAUCUCGACAAAUACAACAUCGAGCUGGACCCGCGCUUCAACGACAUCCUAUCGCGCCACUCGCGCAAACGAUGGGAACGCUUCGUGCACUCGGAAAACCAACACCUGGUGUCGCCCGAGGGCCUCGACUUUCUCGACAAGCUGCUGCGCUACGACCACUUCGAGCGGCUGACCGCACGGGAAGCGAUGGACCAUCCCUAUUUCGCCAUCAUCGUCAACGGGCAGAUGCCACCGCCGGCUACCUCGUCCGCUAAGGGCAGCAACUAAUUACGCGGCCGCCACCGCUGCCUUCACCUUCUUCCUUCUCCCCUCCGUGUGAACGCCGUCCGGUACAGCCCGGUGAUCCCUCCCAUCGCCGCCACCACCACCACCGCACACAUUGCCCCUGUCGGCGACUCCACCCAUUCGUAUCUUUUGUUUCGAGGCGUUGUGCCUGCCACAAAGCCACUGCUCUUUGCCCGGUGUAUCGCCCGCCCAGGACCUUCGAUCGUUGGUGGAGCGAUCAGUGCGCUUGGGUUUGCCGUCGGAGCGAGUCGGAUCGGGAGGUGGUGGUAGGAAGCGGAGCGCCAGAGAUAGGAGGGCUGCAGCCACUGCGAAACGGAGUAAGUAGCGCUCCGGUUGUUGUUGGUUCGGAUGUAAUUUAGAUCGGUACGGGGAUCGGGAGAGGGAACAACAGGUAGCCAGCCAGCGUUAGUACGAGUGGCCGCUAGGGUUGGGGCAACUGACGGGGCAGAUGAGAGAGUACACUUGUAACCAACUUUCAAUCGAUUAGAUUAGAAUAGGGUCGCUAAAGCAAAAUAGAAGGCAAUUGAAGUAAAAGCAUGCAAACAGCAUUAGAAACAGAAAAAACGAAAGUAUGCCAGAAAGGGAGAAGGAGAGAGAUAAAAAGGGAGCGGACGAGAAUGAGAAGAAAGGUGAACAAUGGUUAAAAUAAUUAAAGAGAUCAAACAAGAUGAAAAACAUCUAGAAACAAACGAAAAAGAGAGGAUCAUAGAAAGGAAGGACAUAGCAACGAUCCAUCGCUAUCGACGUCCAGCAAGGCCAACCAACCAACCAGCCAGCCAGUCAGUCUAACGUGGGUGGGUUAAACAUAAAAUCAUAAUAGAGAAACAAAAGAACGAACCUACGACACACACACACCCACACACAUAUACACAACAAGCAUGCGAAACGGGCAGAGCGGCGUUCAACUUUUGAGUCACCCCGGAACGAGUAGAAAAAACGAGAAAAGAGGCGCAGUAGGCAGAAGUAACAAGCGGUAACCAACGAACGAACGAACACACAUACUUUGUUUGUAUGAACAGAGAAGUUAGGAAACGGACGCGUAGUGGGCUAGUAAACGGAAGAGGAGAGCAUUGCAAUACGAUGAAUUUGUAACUGAAUUUGAGGGGCGACUGCAGCUGAAAACCGUACGUCGUG